UACAUUACAAUGAUGAUGCAUAGUGAGCAUAUGUACUGUUCUGUUCCCGAACCAGAUCUUUCUCUUUCUCUCUCUAUCUUCCCACAGAAGAAAUAUGAGUACGGCAAUAUCUUCACCACCUGCAUAUUCCCAGAUUAUUGUUAGAACCUUCAAUCCAUCACUUACCUACCUCAAAUCCCCAAAUAUUCAUAGGAAAACAGCAGUUGGUGUGUUUUUGCACAAGAAAUCGGGUCCUUUAAGACGUGGGUUUAGGUGUAAUUGUAGCAGCACACCUGGUGACCCUGCUCCAGGUGAAAAUGAAAGUAAACAAGUUUUGGAUGCAUUUUUCUUGGGGAAGGCGUUCGCAGAAGCACUAAACGAACGUAUUGAAUCAACGGUGGGGGAGUUCUUGAGUACGGUUGGUCGGUUGCAAGCUGAACAACAAAAACAAGUACAGGAGUUUCAGGAUGAAGUACUAGAAAGGGCUAAAAAGGCCAAAGAAAAAGCGGCCCGUGAAGCGAUGGAAGCCCAAGGUCUGGUGCCAAAGUCCACUACAUCAUAUAGCUCUUCACCAACUGUUGAUGAACCUCAAAAAGCUUCUGCAGCUGUUGAUGAACCGACAUCUUCAUCUAGCUCGGGUUCUAAUGAUCAGAGCCCAAAUAAUGGCAGCCCCGACCCGCUUUUAGGAAUAUCAAUAGAUGAUUAAAAUAGAACUGUGAUUCAAUAUGAUGAAUGCGUUCUCGACUGAUCGUGGUUCGGUAUUUGGUUACUAGUUUAGGUUGUUUGUGGAACAAAUGAGCCUGGGAUAUUGAUAUGGGUUGAGUUGAUAUUGUGAAAAUGUUUUGUGAAAUGAAAAUAUAGUAGAGAUUUUGAAUAAUGUAGAUUCCUAUAUAGGGAGUCUGAAUGUAUUGUUCAUAUUCACCGGUUA